AAAUUUGUUUAAAUGACAAUGGGUGGCUUCCGCACCUCAAAUUUUCAUGGUUACAUUUCAUUCAGCAGAUCGCUUCAGUUUAAGCAGUAGCUUUCUGAAGGAAGGGCGUCAUCUUCAACCUUCAUCCGCUUUCAGAAAGUCAAUUACAGAAGUCUAUCUACAACAUGACCUGAAUUCUCAUUCCACACCUUCCUCUUCGUCUCCUCUUUCCACUUGGAUUUAUUACACUUGAGGGACUCGCUCUUUCUUCAAUGGAUUCCACUGCUCUGGUUCCCAUUUUAUGGGUUUUCGAUGGUUUUUGGGGGUUCUUGGUAGUUUGAACUGAAGCUGACAGCGGAGUUUCUUUACUUAGUUACUUGUAUUCUGUUAAAGUUUCAACAUAGAAAAACCCCAAUGAUGCUGGACGUGAGAGAAUUAGAGAUAAGUCGAUAAUUGAUCUCGGUAUUCAAGUUCAUUUAUUACGGAACACUGAUGGUAAAUGUCUAUCCAUGACUUUCAAACCAAGUUACGAUAUAAAACCUAAUUGGGGAUAAUUUUAUCAUAAUUGAACUUCGGCAAAUGUCCUUGAUAAUCGUUGUCCAAAAUUCCCAAGAAUUUUCUGCCAGCGGUAGUAUCUCUGUGGUUAGCAUUUGAUGGAACUUUGGUAACGUUUUCAUUCGGAUUUGCAUUUGUGGAGUUGAUCACAACGGAAUUGGAUGCUUAGGGUUAGAAUUUGAUGGAAAUGGUUGUGUGAUAUGUUGAUUCUAUUAUCUACUAUAACUUGCUCAUAAGGAUGCUCCGUUCUGCUUUACAACCUUAUGGUAGCUUAUUAAUCCUUAUACUCUUCUUUAUUGGAUAAAUAUUCAUCUGGUCAACGUUUGAUGAGUUAGGCCUUAAUGAAUGGUUUGAUGCUUACGGUGGAGAUUAUAUCACGUUGAUUACUUAUCAAAUGCAGGUGUCUUAAAGAAACUUUGACCAGUCUCCAAAUGUCAUCCAAUGCUACAAUGCCUGGACUUGUUUUUCACCAUCAUACAUGCACGAAAUGUAGAGUAUCCGUGUCAUACGAGAACAUAAUGCCUUCCACUAAAUUUUGGAGAUGUAACUAGGCCAUCUCAUUUCAUCUAGCCAUUAGUAACAUGUUUGAUGUGUAUAAUGUUGAUUAAUACGUACAGAUGAGCUUGUGUUCUAUUUCCUUUAACAUAAUUAAUAUUCAUCUCAAUACCAUAUGUAUUAUUUUAAUGGAUGCUUCCAAGAGGGGGACCUGCCUCCAAACUUCAAUUACUUGUGGCUUUAAAUCUUUAAAUUGGUAAAGCUCAUUUCAUUAUUCUGCCAUGAAAAGACUUUAAAGGCAUAACAGACCAUGAUUGCCCUUGUAGUGUAGUCCUAGUGAACUUGUGGAGGAAUCUUUAAGAUUGAAUGUAUGUGAGUUAUCCGUCAAGCUUCUAUGUUAUCAUUUUUCAUAAACACUGUGGAAAUCUCUUCCAUGCCAUCUGAUAAGUAUCUUUAAAAAAAAAAAAAUUCAUUGAUUCUUGUGAAUGUCUAUAUUUCUUUUCUUGCGUUUCAAGGGUUCCAUUACAACAUCCUCGAGCCUUUUAUCAUGGAGCCAGGGAAUGAAGUUGAAGCAAUGUAUAGAGACGUCAAAAUUUUUUGGGAAAGCUGAUAGGUGUGUACUGUUAAAGCAAAAGAUCCAGUUAAGUGUAGGGACUCCGUCCAGAUGUGGAUCAAAAUUUAAGCUUCUGAGAAUAUCAGCCUUCAAAAACAGCGUUCCAAACGGUGAACCCAGGGAUGGAGAAAAUCUGUCUGAAGUACCAAAGGAUACAAGAGAAGAUGGUGAUGUUUCAUCAAAAGUUAAUUUGAAAGCAAAUAAUGUUGUACUAUCUUAUACAUCUGGAAUAGUCAAUUGGAUUGCACCGCGCCCUUCUAUUAAUAAAUUAUUCAGGAAAUGGCCGACAAUGUUAUGCACUCAACAAGCAAGUGAAGAAGUGGAUGGGAUUUUGGGAAGGAUGCCGUUGAGUGAGAAUUCAGCAACUCUACAAGAGCCUCAUGAUAUGAAAAGACGUGAGAGCUUAGAAGCAUUUUGGUACUACGUUCUCAGUCUGGAUCCCAUGAUUAAAAUCCCUCUGUUAAUGUUUAUUCCGUUGUAUCUGACAAUCAAAAUCUUCCAUGGAGCCCAAGUUUCAAAAGAACUGAUGCCUUUGUGGGUGUUUGGGCCAUUCAUUGUAGCUUUCUACAUCAAGAUGUUUCACUGGUUGUGUUGUCUCUCAAUCUUGAGCUUCAAGCAAACUGCAUAUUUGAUGAAAAACUUUCCCUGUUAUUACAAGCUAGCCUGUGACUAUUUUUCCCAUGGGAGACUUAAAGAGGUGAUACGAGCUCGGGUCUGGCAACCUGUAGUGAAUAUUAGAAGUCUCCAUUAUAAAGAGUUGUCGAGAAGAAAGUUCGAAAUUGUGCAAGAAUGGAUUAUGGAGAGGUACCCGGACUUUCUAGAAUUAGUAUGGCCAUAUUAUUGCAGAACGAUAAGGUUCCUAAAGAGAGCUAACUUUGUUUAGAUGGAACUUGAUGGAAAGUCAUUGAUUAUAAAGCAAACUGAGUUCGGUUAGCUAACAUUUGUUGGAGGUCGACACGUUUAUAAAGCCAGCUGACCAACUGCUUCUCUUCAUGUGGGAUGCGUUCUUCAGCUUGAGGUAGUUAAAAAUGUAGUCAGAGCUGUUAAGUUCUAUGAUAUACUUGUAAGGCUGCUUCACUAUUUCCAAAUGUUUGUAUCAAUUUCAUUAUCAAUUUUGGCUCUCCUUUCUGUAGUCUGUUCAUGAAAUGGAAACAUUCUCAAUUCAUCAACCUGGUUUAAACUAAUUGGAUUUGGUGACACUUAGCCUCAUGCUCCAUAAAUCAAAGCUAGUUUGACAA